CAAUGCAUAGAAUAAGAUAAACCAGUCAGUUAAAGUUUGUACGUGAACAUUAAAAGGAAUUGUUUCGGUUAAACAUUUGGAUAAAUCUAACAGUCCUUUCAAUAUUGUCAUACCGUGUGCAUCUAUCUCGUUACUUCUUGAAUUAAUUUUAAUCCUUCAGUCUUUUUAAAUUCAUAAGAAAAUUUCUUUUUAAAAAAUAUUUAUUUAAUGAAGUGAGUGUUACUGUUAAAAAAAGGUUUCUUACAGUUAGAAAAAUUUAGAAGAAGAAAACAGUGAAUCUCUCGAACGUCAAAAUUUUUUAUAAAACUCGAACGGAAAACGAUUUUUAUAUAAUUUCGUCAAAAUUAUAAAGAAAAAUAAAGUGCGUCAACCGUGACAAUAAACAUAGAAAAUUAUAAUUUAAAAAGUUCUCUUCAUAAUCAAGAAGAAUAUCAUCAGAAGUAUUUGAUCUAUUUUUUUAAAAGAUCGUCAAAAGUGAGAAAUUUAUUUCGGGAGUAAGAAAAUGUUCGAGAAUCAGGCUAUCAUUGUGAAGAACGUGACGAAAAUUUAUGGAAAAGAGUUCAAGAUUCUUGACGGAUUGAACCUAUCAGUCUCGAAAGGUUCCAUAUAUGGAUUAUUGGGUGCCAGUGGAUGCGGUAAGACAACUCUUUUAUCGUGCAUCGUCGGUAUAUGUAAGAUAAACAGCGGUGAUAUUUGGGUACUCGGAGGUAAACCCGGUAGUGAAAAUUCUGGUAUUCCGGGAUCAAGAGUCGGUUUUAUGCCGCAAAACAUCUCCCUUGUAAACGAGUUCUCUACAAUAGAUGCGUUUUAUUAUUUCGGAAGAAUCAAUGGACUGAGAGACGAUGAAAUAGAGGAACGAUACGUAGAUCUAGCCGAACUCCUGCAAUUACCGUCGAAACAUCAAUUGGUAAAGAAUGUGAGCGGUGGCCAACAAAGGAGAAUAUCCUUUGCCGCUGCACUUCUUCACAGACCUGAGUUAUUGAUCCUUGACGAACCUACCGUUGGUCUUGAUCCGAUUUUAAGAGAUAACAUUUGGAAUUUCUUAACUAAGAUCACGCAGGAGAACGGUGUUACCAUCGUCAUAACAACGCAUUAUAUCGACGAAGCGAGACAAGCAAACAAGAUCGGUCUAUUGAGAUCCGGCAAAUUAUUGGCGGAAACCACGCCGAAUCAAUUGAUGGAUCGUUUUCAAUGUGAUAAUCUGGAGGAUGCCUUUCUAGAAUUGAGCAGACAUCAACAAGAUAAUAUUAAUAGCAAUGUGAAUGAUAAUUCUGAGAUGUUAGAUGAAACGGAAUUUGUGGAAGGUUCAAUCAAUCUUCCUACAAAAUCAAUGAAUGCCUCUAUAAAAUCAACUAUAAAUUUAUCUGUGACGUCUCGAAAAUUGAAGGCUCUUAUAAUCAAAAAUAUUGCACAAUUUCUACGGCAUCCUGGAGGAAUCUUAUUUUCUAUAGGAUUUCCCAUAAUCCAACUCCUUGUAUUUCAUUAUUCUUUCGGUCAUGAUCCUAAAGAUUUGUUAAUUGGUGUGAUUAAUCGUGAAUCCAAUAACUGUGACUUCGGUAAAAAUCAAGGAAAUAUUAUUUACACGCAAAACGAUAUAUGCGACUUCCUUGAUCUUAGUUGCCGAUUUUUAAACGAUAUAAAUAAUACCACUGCAAAAAAGAUAUUUUAUAAUUACCUACCGGAAAUGAAGGAUGAUUUAAGAAAAGGGAAACUUUCUGGAAUGAUAUAUUUUGAUACAAAUUUUACGCACGCUUUGCAAAGGAGAUUGAUGAAUUCGAGAUAUGUCGAAGAUAGGGACAUCGAAAUGGGAGAGAUUAAAAUUUGGUUGGACAUGUCCAAUAGACAAAUAGGCCUUUUUUUGAAAAAUAAACUUUACGAAACAUAUUUCGAGAGCAUGCGAAAUAUUAUGACGGAAUGUCACUUGCCUUCAAAAAUUACAAAUAUACCGUUAAGUUUUGAGAAACCUAUUUUUGGUAAAAAGAACGACGACUAUAUCAAUUUCAGUGCGCCUACUUUUAUCUUAUCAUUAACUUUUUUCGUAGCAACAGUAAUGACAACCAUGAUAUUAAUCUCCGACAGGCACGAAGGCAUUUGGGAAAGAAGUCUCGUCCAAGGGGUGACAACAUCAGAAAUACUGUUCUCCCAUUUCGUGGUAGAAUUGUCGAUUGUCAUCAUACAGGUCACAUUAAUCUGUUGUAUAAGCUUUGUUUAUUUUAAUUUAGAUUGUAAGGGCUCCUUAGUGACCGUCGUCAUGAUGAUAUUUUUCAUGGGUGUAUGUGGAUUAUUUUACGGUUUUUUGGUUUCGGUAUUUUGCAAUUCGCAUCUAAUUGCGGAUUAUAUCGUCACUGGAAGUUUCUAUCCUAUAAUACUUCUUAGUGGAUUUCUCUGGCCAAUCGAAGGAAUACCAUUUGUAAUUAAAUGGUUAAGUUACUGUUUGCCAACAACGAUACCAGGUGUUUCACUAAGGGCGAUUUUAAGUAAAGGCCUUUCCGUCAAUAAUCCCGAGGUUUACAAAGGUUUCCUCGUGAUAGGUGGGUGGACGUUCGUAAUGAUCCUCCUUUGUCUCUACGGUCUCAAAAGGAAAUCAUAGGAAAGAAAAGAAAAAAAGAAAGAAAGGAAAAAAAAUAUUUAUAUAUAUAUAUAUAUAUAUAUAUAUAUAUAUAUAUAUAUAAAUAACAAUAUAAGACUCAAAUAUUUUAUUAAUCCGUCUUAAAACAGGGUUUUAAUUGUUUAAGUUUUUAAUUAAUAUUUCGAAGGUUAUUUAUCUCGUAAAAGCUUCUUUCUUUCUUUCUUUUUUUUUUUUUUUUUAGCUAAUAUUUCUCAAUAUAUCUUAUAUAAUAGAAAUUUAUUUGAUUUCAUAACGUGGGUUUAAUUAUAAACUUAAGUGUAUGUGUGUGUGUGUGUGUGUGUGUUUGUGUAUGUGUAAAUGCAUACAUUUAUAUUUUUAAUGAGCAAUGGAAAAGAAUAUGUUCGUGAAGUAUAAUAAAUGUAAUAAAUUCAGUUUUUUUUUUUUUUUUUUUUUUUUU